AUGAUACGGCAACUUUCCAAUUUCAUUACUAAUAAGCGAGCGCCUCAGAGAGCCCGUGAGGAUGUAGAGGAUCAGAACCGAUAUUAUGACAUCGGCAAUCCAGUUGCUAGCUCAAGACCACGGUCGCCCUUGAUCGAUCGGCAAUACCUAACUCCUGCGACAGAACGGCAGUUACAGAAAGCAUGCCUCUUGCUUUCCAGGAAAAUUGAAUGUCCUGAAAGAUGGACUGAAUUUGAUACUUGCGCUGACCCGGCGAGUGCGAAUAUCUCGGGUUCUCGCUUCCCCGACUUGAAGAUCCCAUCGUUUGCUAUCCCGAAUCAUAUCGCUUCAAGUGUUAAUAAUGAGGAACCCCAUCUGUCAAAUGAGAAUGAGAAUGGCACGUCAGAUCUGGAGAACAAAAGCAAAUUCGAUGUGAUCAUAGACCUGGAAGAGAAACAAGAAAUAUCACAUGACUGCUUCGUGGAUGUGUUUGAGUACAAACAAGCGUCCUGGCUACUUGCUGAUGAAGACGUGGGCAAGAUAUCGUUGCCCAAAUAUGAAUCGAAAUUCCGAAGUCCAUCCGGCAGUGGGAAAUACCCCUUUCGCGAAACUGUUACCAACCCGCUUGCAGAAUAUUGGGAGGAUUCGAUGUUCCAAAGAAACAAGACACCUCCAUAUAGUGUCUCAUCUUCAAAUGACAUGGUGACGGAUAUUUGGACGAUUGAGGGUACUCCGACUGAAACAGAGCAGAUAGAUACGUGGCUACGGAGUGCAAUUCUACACGAUCCUAUCAAUGAAGGAUGUCACCCUAUAACUUCCUCCAAAGAAUGGAAUAUGUCGCCUCACGAAUCCCAGGCAGAAGAAUCCGACAGCCUUUCUAGCUUGUUGAUGGAAAGCAACGAGUACCAAACAGAAACCCACACCGAACAAACAUACAUAAUUGAUACCGAUUUACCCCCAAUCUGGGAUAAUCAAGACGACGGAGAUCUAUUUAUAAAACCUCUUCCUCAUUCACAGUCAUGGAACUCGCGAUCGACUGGCGGGAAAACAAUAAUCGACGAAAACGGGCUGGAAAAAGAGAUGAGUGCAGACGAGGAAAGACAACGUCGUUUGGACCUUCAACGUGCAGUCAUGGAAAAAAUGACUGGCAGACGUACCGUUCCGGCACCGAUAGCAGAUAGAGCUGCAGUGGCCCUUGGCUCAAAUACCCCAAUCCGGCCCAUGUCGCCAACCUGUGCUGUGGUUGGGGCCAACGGGCAGCAAUCAGACAAACCCGCAGAUGCCAAUUUGGACGAGCGGGCUCAACUUCUAUGGGACCAGCAGACAAAGUAUACGCUAGUGAGGAAAUUGUCGAGCAUGGCUCUCGGAAAAAAGAAGUCCAUCCCAAAAGUGAAUAACGUUCUUGGCUUCAGUGCUGUCGUGGAGACGAGGUAGCUGCUGAGGUCUAGUGUAUCGAGGUGCUCCGAGGAUGUUGUCCUCUUUCCUUGCUUAUUUUGCCUGGAUGAAACCAGGAAACAAACCCCCUUACCAGCCAUCAUCACCUUGGGCAGCAUAUUAUCCUUUUGUUAGUUGUAUAUACCCCUGCAUUGAUUCUGCGGUGAUAUAAUUUCAUCUUCAUCUUUUUGGCGAGCAAUAUUGUUCAUAGACAGUUUUUCCUAGUAUUGUUUUUUCACAACCUGUAACAUACAUACCAGGAUUUUCCUGAAGUUGGGGCCAUUUUUCGUCUACUCUUUCAUCUGGCGAACUACACCAACGAAUCCCUUGUCUCUCUACCCAGGAAUUCAUAUUCUUAUUUUUCGCACG